AUGGCCGCCGCCGACCCGAACUGGAUGAUGCUCGAUCGUUUCGUCUUCCGCAGGGAUGACGCCGAGUCCUUCCUGGACGAGGACGCCGCCCCCUUCACGAUUGAAGGCGACUUCUCACCGGACGACAUGUUCUCCAUCGCCUUCCGCAUCGCCAAGCCUCCGGUAACCUCCCGCAUGUACCUCAAAUGGAAGUGCGGCCCUAAGGCAGGCCCCGGGUGCAUUCCCGUGGCAGCGCACCGUGGUGUUCUUCUACUCAGGUUCACCCCUGAGCCGGGGAAGCUCGGCUUUGUGGAGCACUUCUUCAUCUGCAGAAGUCGGUAUGACCCGCUUGACAGCUCGCCCUUUGCACUAGAGCGAAUUCCUUUCUGCGCCACGAUAUGGCAUGACGAGGACGGGACAGAGAUAGCUAUGCGACGACUGUUUGGGGAUGACACCGUUGGCGUAUUGUCCCGUGAUGAAGAUUUUGCCAUAGCGCAGCUCGUCGUACGCAGGCCCUUGGUGAAGGCUGAUAAGAUGGAAUCGGAUCUGUGUGUGCUCCGAUCCAAGUCAAAUACCGAUCAUACAUGGGAGAUUGAGGAGGGGCUUCCUAUCCUCUACGAAGCGGAUGAAAUCUGUGACUUGAAAGCUUGGAGUACCCAUAGAGUCAUCCCCUUCAACGAAUACUUAUGCUGGGUUAACUAUGGUAUAGGAGGUGUCUUAUUCUGCGAGGUAUUUGAAGAAAGGCCCAAGAUUUCGUACCUGAGGUUGCCCAUACAUAACCGCCGCCUAAGGCAACGCCGUGUACUUGACAGAAAGUGCAGCGUGUGCUUGACGAAAGGCUACUUUGGCGCCCAUGAGCUAGCGUUUGUUGAUGUUGAUCGCGAGGAUGGUUACCUUGUCGGCCCACUGAGCCCUAAAACUGGUUUUACUAUUGCUUACCAUGUUCUAAGGAAAACAGGCUGUAGUGGCAUGAAGUGGGAUCUGGUCUUUUUCCUCACAUCUGCUGAACUGUGGGAUCUCAACAAAUCUCUGCCACGCGAAGCUCUGACAUUUCCUCAUGUAAGUAUGGAUGAGCCUAAUGUGGUACACUUUCUGUUGUCUCAGCCAGUGUCGCAUAAGUUUGUGAAGGUUUCAGUGGUUUCCAUCGACAUGAUUAGACGCAAAGUGCUCUCAGUAGUUCCAUAUAUUGAAGAGAACGAUAUCCAUGGAAAAGACUCCCAGAUGGUCUUGGGAGCGUCCAGUUAUCUCCAGUCCUUUCUUCCCUCCGAACUUCCGAAGUUCAUUGAUCCCGCCUGCAAGCAUGUCUUGGAUUCUCCUACGGCUGCGGCUGCUUCUCGUCCUACUGCUUCAUCACAAGUGAACAUCAAAACUGAAGAAAUAACAGAUGAUUGUCCUGCAUUUAAUACUAGGAGUAGGAAAAAAAGAGUUAUCUGA